AAGGAAAUACUAUUUAAACUCGUAACUAUUCACUUAUAAUAAAUAUUUCUGAAAAUAUUACAAUGUUAGGUGGGUAGGCAAAUAUAUAUUUAUAUUUUUGACCUUCUAAAAACAGCUUAGUUAUUGCGUUAUUGUGACGUAUUUGUCUGUUUUUAAUAAUAAUUCCUCUCUUCGGUCUCGACAAAUGACGUCAUUAAACAAACUCAAAGCGUCUGCGUAGGUUACAGAUAAAUAUAAUACAGAAAAAUAAAAAAUACAAAGCAUUGGUAAUGGUCUAUACUCCGAUAUAAAUCCAUUUUUUAUUUUCAUAUUGAAUAACGUGACGAUUUAAAAACUGUGAUGUGACAUAUAAAUUUUUAAGAAGAAGCCACAAAGUUUAUCGAAUAUAUUUUUCAACAUCCGUCAAAAACAACAAUUUGUAAUGCCAUUAAAAAAUUCCUUCAGGUUUCUUAAAUAACCACAAACAUUGGCUAGUUUUCUAAGCUUUUUCAAAUUUGGCAACUUGACUUACAAAGCGUGCGUUUUAUUUAUCGUCGUGUUAUUUCGAAAAUAUUUUACAAAAUAAAAAAAAAAGAUAACUGGUGCUCACCACACCGUAGACAUUUUUAUGGCAUUUUGACAACAAAAUAUUUCAUGCACAUCCGGAGCUUUUCGUUAAUCGUAACGAACUAUUUUUGAGAGGUUUCGUCUAGUAAUUGAUUAAUGAUGUUAAGUGCCCACUAAACAUAUCACGAGCACUGUUUUUACUUCUUAAGUGUCAAAAACAUUUCCAAAUACGUAAUAAUAAUAAUGGCUUCGGUCAUAUUAUGUCCCCUAGAAACGGAUUGCUGCGUUUUUGAAUUGUUAAAAUUGUCGACACAGUUUUUAGUAUUUCGGUUUUCGAGUGUAUUGACGUUUUACUAGAAUAUUGAGUGAGGAGUUUUUAUAGGAAAACAUUACUCGUCGUUUAGAAUUCCUAUUGCGUGGUAUUUACCAAGCUAACGAAAGCAAAAGAUCGAUGGAUUUCCUCGACCACGCUUCCAGUGGCAAGCUAGGCGAGAGAGGGUUGUUUGGAAGAGAAACUGGAGCAGUUUUCCUUAACAAAAAUUGCAAUGAAACGGCUAGCAAUGACACAGUUGAGCCCUUUGAUAACUUGAACGGAAACAAGUUAACUAUUAAUGGAGCCGAAUCAUUUUCUCGAAAGCUUCUUCUGAAAAAUUGCGAAAAUUUUGCAAAUUUCGUAGAAGCUACAACAAGCAAUACUUUGGUAUACGAAAACAUCAAAAAAUCGAAUCCUGACCGAGUUCUGGUCGGAAACCAGUUGAAAGUGGUCAGAUUAGAAUCGCAAAUUCAGACCUCUAGCGGUUGCAAUUUUCCCAAGUACACUCUUUGUUUUGACGGUGCUGAUUUGGAAAACGGUUUUAAAAACGAAGUAAACCAUGAAAAUGUCAAUAGCAAUUCCAUCGAAUGGUGUUCAUUAGAUGAAAAUCAAACGGUAGAGUGCAUAGACCUUUCCAAACAGUCUACUAGCUUAGACCACUUCGACGCUCCUUGCAACUCAAAGGAUUCUGCCACGAAAGGGACUCAAGUUCAUACACAGGAUGACAUUGAAGACGGCGGUCACAAUAAUAAAACGACUCUCGAUAUUGCUGCAGAAAGCGACGAUGAUGUCGUUUUUGUAAAGGAAUAUAAAUUACCGGUAAAGACACCACAAGAAGCUAAUGCUGAUGUUCCAAAAAGAAGAAAUCCGAGAAGAAAAGUUCAAUUAGAAAAAGCAUCUGUUGAUUUGAUAAAUAAAUUGACAAUUCCACCAAGUGUCUUUAACGCUAGAGUGAGAAAAUCUACAAGGAAACCGGUGCCAACGAAAAAAUGUCGUCGUUCAAAUAGACUGACAAAGAUAGUUUCAAAUCCACUGAGUCCUUUAAAUAGAUCAGAUUUGCGGGACUGGCCGGAUGACGGGAUGCACGAAAGACCUGUCUAUAACGAGACUACUAAUUCGAUAGACAAAUUGGAUCCGUUUUUGAAAAAUAAACAGGCCAAAACAUCGAAUAAAGAAAAUCAAUCGCCUUCAACGCGAAAACUUCCUAAAAAAGCUAAACGAAAAAAGAACAUAGCAAAUAAAAAACGUAAAGAACAAGAAAAAGAAAUUGAUCUAUCAUUUCUGGUACACGAAAGAUUGCAACUUAUCUUGGGUUACAUUUCUCAAUUGAAAAUUUACGAAAGAGUGAUGAACAACACAAGUUCUAGUGCUUCUGAUGGAGUUGCAAAUCAAAAACAAUUUCCUUUUGUUUACGAACUAUUAACUGAUGCAUCGGUUUUAUAUUCUAUCGUUAAUGGCGUCGAACAAACAGAUAUGGCGAAAUACCUCACAUCCGUUGAUCCUAAUGAGGCUUUAAACUUCUUGAAAACGUAUUUUACAAAUUUAGAAGACUCCAAUAAUAAAUGUUAAAUAACGAAAGGAGCGAUCAGCUUUUUCUAAUGUGAUCUUAUCUCUAAACAUGUUGUACAUACUUACAAUUAAUUAGUUUAGUUAGACAUUUGGUUGAAGAAAUGAUUACUUAUGGUUCAAAACACAAUUAUGUAUGUAUUGAAACGGUGGUUUUAGUUUGUAAGAGUUCAAAUUAUUAAUUACCUUUG